AUGGCUUCCAAGGUCGCUCCCCAAAUGUUGCGCGCAUUCCGUACUGCUCCUCGCGUCGCCCCUUGGGCUGUGCCUCGUGCGCCCGCUUUCCGUCGCUUCUUCGCGGCCCAAGCUCAGGAACAGCCGCGUCUUCGCCUGGGUUCCACUGCACCCAACUUCAAGGCUCUGACCACAAAGGGUGAGAUUGACUUCCACGAGUUUAUCGGCAACAGCUGGGCCAUCCUCUUCUCUCACCCUGCCGAUUUCACCCCGGUCUGCACGACCGAGCUUGGCGCCUUUGCCAAGCUGAAGGAUGAAUUCGAGAAGCGCGGGGUAAAGAUGAUUGGAUUGAGCGCCAACGAUCUCGGCUCCCACGACGAAUGGAUCAAGGACAUCAACGAAGUCGGUUCGACACAGGUCCAAUUCCCCAUCAUCGCCGAUGCCGACCGCAAGGUUGCCUUCCUCUACGAUAUGAUCGACCAGCAGGACUUGGAUAACAUCGACCAGAAGGGAAUUGCUUUUACUAUCAGAUCCGUCUUCAUCAUCGAUCCGAGCAAGAAGAUCCGCCUUACCAUGAUGUACCCCGCCUCCACGGGCCGAAACUCCGCUGAGGUCCUCCGAGUCAUUGAUUCCUUGCAGACCGGCGACAAGAAGGGCGUGACCACUCCCAUCGACUGGAAGGUCGGCGACGACGUCAUCGUGCCCCCCUCCGUGUCGACUCCCGACGCGAAAAAGAAGUUCGGCGAGGUUCGCGAGGUUAAGCCUUAUCUGCGUUACACCAAGAUUUAA